AUGGCUCUUGGUCAGAAACUUGCUCUUGAAGACAAUGCUCAUUUUCCUGAUGUCACCUUGGAUCACAGCACCAUCGGUGCUCUCCAAUACUUAACUUUAACUCGGCUUGACAUAUCUUUCUCGGUUAAUAAGUUGAGCCAAUUUCUUAAGGCUCCUACACAACAUCAUUGGAGUGCUUGUAAACGUCUAUUGCGCUAUGUUAGUGGUACCCGCACUCUUGGUUUAUCUUUCCGACCUACUACCCCAUUUACACUUGAAGGCUUCUCGGAUUUGGAUUGGGCGUGUAAUGUUGAUGACAAAAGAUCUAUGACUGGUUAUUGUGUUUUUCUUGGUGGCAAUUUAGUAACUUGGAGUUCUCGCAAACAACAGGUCAUUGCAAGGUCCAAUACUGAAUCCAAGUAUCGGGCACUGGCUAGUGUUACUAUGGAAUUAAUUUGGAUAAAAUCUUUACUGGAUGAACUUCAAUUUCCAUUACAACAUCGUCCCAUAGCUUGGUGUGAAAACUUGGGUGCGCAUGCUCUUGCCCACAAUCCUAUUUAUCAUUCACGCACUAAACAUAUUGAGGUGGAUGUCCAUUUCAUCCGAGAAAAGAUUCUCCACCGUGCUCUUGAAGUUUGCUAUAUACCCUCUCAGGAACAACAAGCAGAAUUGUUUACUAAGUCUUUGUCUCUUUCUCAAUUUCAGUUUAAGUGUUCCAAGCUUUCACUUUCUUAUCCACCGUUCAAUUUGCGGGGGAUGUUGAACAACAAAACUAGUUGUACUAGUUUAUGUUUUUAG